GGAGCUCUCCGGGAGCCCUUGCGCCAGAGCCCAGGACGUCUGGGCUCCUCUGGGAUUUUGUCCCAAAUCUCUAAGGUGGAGCCUGGGACUGAUCGAGCUAUAAGGGUCCCCUGACCACUGACGGGGAGGAGCAGCCCAGCACGGGCCCUUUAAGAAGACUAGGGGUUGGGGGCAGACAGGACAACCCCGGCCUGAAACCGGAGCGCGCGCGCCGGUCGGCGCCUGCCCCGCCCCCGUGUUAAGUAGGCGGCGGGACGCCCGGAGCCCCAGCCCACGCCAGUUCUCUCGACUCGAGACUCUGGCGUCCAAGCUCCCGGCUCUGAACUCCGCUCCUCGCCAGUCCCGCUGCCCAGCCCGCCGCGAUGCGCUCCGGCCCGCGGCUCCUGCUCUCAGCCGCCGCCCUGACCCUGGCUCUGACCUUCGCUGCGUUGGUGGGACCAGCAUCCACAGCCUCCUUCUUCGGAGAGAACCACCUGGAGGUGCCUGUGGCCAUGGCUCUCACUGACAUAGACCUACAGCUGGAGUUUUCUACGUCCCAGCCCGAAGCCCUGCUUCUCCUGGCGGCAGGCCCGGCUGACUACCUCCUCCUGCAGCUCCACUCUGGACGCCUGCAGGUCAGAUUUAUCCUGGGCCAGGAGGAGGUGAGGAUGCAGACCCUGGCAGAGACACUGCUGAGCGACUCCAUUCCCCACACUGUGGGGCUGACCGUGUCAGACAGCUGGGCCUUGUUGUCAGUCGAUGGGCUCCUGAAUGCCUCCGCCCAAGUCCAGCAGGCCCCCCUGGAGGUCCCCUACGGGCUCUUCCUGGGGGGCACCGGGAGCCUUGGCCUGCCCUACCUGAGCAGAGCCAGCCGACCCCUGCGGGGUUGCCUCCACACAGCUACCCUCAAUGGCCGUAGCCUCCUUCGGCCACUGACCCCAGACGUGCCUGAGGGCUGUGCUGAGGAGUUCUCUGCCGGUGAUGACGUGGCCAUGGGCUUCUCUGGGCCCCACUCACUGGCUGCCUUCCCUGCCUGGGGCACUCGGGAUGAAGGCACCCUGGAGUUUACACUCACCACGCGGAGCUGGCAGGCGCCCCUGGCCUUCCAGGCAGGGGGGCGGCAUGGGGACUUCAUCUACGUGGACAUAUUUGAGGGCCACCUGCGGGCCAUGGUGGAGAAGGGCCAGGGCACCGUAUUGCUCCACAACAGCGUGCCUGUGGCUGAUGGGCAGCCCCACGAGGUCAGUGUCCACAUGGAUGCUCACAGGCUGGAAAUCUCCGUGGACCAGUACCCCACACGUACGUCCAACCGUGGGGUCCUUAGCUACCUAGAGCCACGAGGCAGUCUCCUCCUUGGGGGGCUGGAUGCAGAGGGCUCUCGCCAUCUCUGGGAACACCGCCUGGGCCUGGCUGUCAACGUCUCCCUGCGGGGCUGCCUGGAGGAUCUCAGCAUCAAUGGGCAGAGAUGGGGACUCCGGGAAGCCUUGCUGACUCGCAGCAUGGAGGCCGGCUGCAGGCUGGAGGAGGACGAGGACGAGGAGGAUGCCUACGGCCCAUACGAAGCUUUCUCCACCCUGGCACCCGAGACUUGGCCGGCCAUGGAGCUGCCUGAGCCCUGCACCCCUGAACCGGGGCUGCCUCCGAUCUUCGCCAAUUUCACCCAGCUGCUGACCAUCCACCCGCUGGUGGUGGCUGAGGGCGGCACGGCCUGGCUGGAGUGGCGGCACGUGCAGCCCACGCUGGAUCUGAGCGAGGCCGAGCUGCGCAAAUCCCAGGUGCUGUUCAGCGUGAGCCGCAGGGCCCGCCACGGCGAGCUGGAGCUGGACAUCCCGGGUGCCCAAGCACGGAAAAUGUUCACUCUCCUGGACGUGGUGAACCGCAAGGCCCGCUUCGUCCACGAUGGCUCCGAGGACACCUCUGACCAGCUGGUGCUCGAGGUGUCGGUGACAGCUCGGGGGCCCGUGCCCUCCUGCCUUCGGAGGGGCCAAACGUACAUCCUGCCCAUUCAGAUAAACCCCGUCAACGACCCGCCCCGCGUCAUCUUCCCGCAAGGCAGCCUCAUGGUGAUCCUGGAACACACUCAGAAGCUGCUGGGGCCGGAGGUCUUCUGGGCCGAUGACCCAGACUCCGCCUGCGAGGGCCUCACCUUCCAGCUCCUUGGUGUCCCCGCCGGCCUCCCCGUGGAGCGCCAAGACCAGCCUGGGGAGCCAGCGACCGAGUUCUCCUGCCGGGAGCUGGAUGCGGGCAGCCUAGUGUACGUCCACCGCGGCGGGCCCGCCCCGGACCUGACGUUCCGGGUCAGUGACGGGCUGCAAGCCAGCCCCCCAGUCACGCUGAAGGUGGUGGCCAUCCGGCCGACCAUUCAGGUCCGCCACAACACAGGGCUGCACCUGGCCCAGGGCUCCACUGCACCUGUCUUGCCCUCCAACCUGUCGGUUGAGACAAAUGCUGUGGGGCAGGAUGUGAACGUGCUGUUCCGACUCACAGGGGCCCUGCAGUUUGGGGAGCUGCAGAAGCAGGGGGCAGGCGGGGCAGAGGGCACCGAGUGGCAGGCCACACGGGCCUUCCACCAGCGGGACGUGGAGCAGGGCCGCGUGAGGUACCUGAGCACCGACCCGCAGCACCACGCCGAGGACACCGUGGAGAACGUGGCCCUGGAGGUGCAGGUGGGCCAGGAGACCCUGAGCAAUCUGUCCUUCCCAGUGACAGUCCAGAGAGCCACCGUGUGGCUGCUGCGGCUGGAGCCUCUGCACCCACAGAACGCCCAGCAGGAGGCCAUCACCACAGCCCACCUGGAAGCCACCCUGGAGGAGGCAGGCCCGAGCCCCACCACCUUCCACUAUGAGGUGGUUCAGGCCCCCAGGAAGGGUAAUCUUCAGCUACAGGGCAUGCGGCUGUCGGACGGUCAGAGCUUCACCCAGGAUGACCUGCAGGCUGGCCGGUUAACUUAUGGGGCCACAGCACGUGCCUCAGAGGCAAUCGAGGACUCCUUCCGUUUCCGGGUCACAGCCCCGCCACACUUCUCCCCACUCUACACCUUCCCCAUCCACAUCGGUGGUGAUCCGGACGCCCCUGUCCUCACCAAUGUCCUCCUCUCGGUGCCUGAGGGCGGCGAGGGCGUCCUCUCUGCUGAUCACCUCUUUGUCAAGAGUCUCAACAGUGCCAGCUACCUCUAUGAGGUCAUGGAGCGGCCCCGCCAUGGCAGAUUGGUGUGGCAGGGGGCACAGGACAGUGUCACCAUGGUGACAUCCUUCACCAAUGAGGACCUGCUGCACGGCCGGCUGGUCUACCAGCAUGACGACUCUGAGACCACGGAAGAUGACAUUCCCUUUGUGGCUACCCGCCAGGGCGAGGGCAGUGGUGACGUGGCCUGGGAGGAGGUACGGGGUGUCUUCCGGGUGGCCAUCCAACCCGUGAAUGACCACGCCCCUGUGCAGACCAUCAGCCGCGUCUUCCACGUGGCCCGCGGUGGGCAGCGGCUGCUGACCACCGACGACAUGGCCUUCAGCGAUGCUGACUCCGGCUUUGCUGAUGCUCAGCUGGUGCUGACCCGCAAGGACCUCCUCUUCGGCAGCAUCGUGGCUGUAGAUGAGCCCACUCGGCCCAUCUACCGCUUCACCCAGGAGGACCUCAGGAAGAGGCGGGUCCUGUUCAUGCACUCAGGGGCCGACCGCGGCUGGAUCCAGCUGCAGGUGUCCGAUGGGCAGCACCAGGCCACAGCGCUGCUCGAAGUGCAGGCCUCGGAGCCCUACCUCCGUGUGGCCAACGGCUCCAGCCUUGUGGUCCCUCAAGGAGGCCAGGGCACCAUCGACACAGCUGUGCUCCACCUGGACACCAACCUAGAUAUCCGCGGUGGGGAUGAGGCCCACUACCAUGUCACAGCCGGCCCACGCUGGGGGCAGCUGCUCCGGGGCGGCCAGCCAGUCACAACCUUCUCCCAGCAGGACCUGCUGGAUGGGGCCAUUCUCUACAGCCACAACGGCAGCCUCAGCCCCCGUGAUACCCUGGGCUUCUCUGUGGAGGCAGGGCCUGUGCACACAGAUGCCACCCUACAAGUGACCAUUGCCCUAGAGGGGCCACUGGCCCCACUGCACCUGGUCCAGAACAAGAAGAUCUAUGUCUUCCAGGGGGAGGCAGCGGAGAUCAGAAGAGACCAGCUGGAGGCAGCCCAGGAGGCAGUGCCACCAGCAGACAUUGUGUUCUCAGUGAAGACCCCACCAAGCUCUGGCCACCUGGUGAUGUUGUCCCAUAGCACCACAGCAGCCGAGCUGCCCAGCCUGGACCCUGUGCACAGCUUCCCCCAGGAGGCGGUGGAUGCGGGCAGGGUCCUGUACCUGCACUCCCGCCCUGAGGCCUGGAGCGAUGUCUUCUCCCUGGAUGUGUCCUCAGGCCUGGGUGCUCCCCUCGAGGGCGUCCACGUGGAGCUGGAGGUGCUGCCCGCUGCCAUCCCACUGGAGGCGCUGAACUUCAGCGUCCCCGAGGGCGGCACCCGCACGCUGGCCCCUCCGCUGCUCCGCAUCACUGGGCCCUACUUCCCCACGCUGCCGGGCCUUGACCUGCAGGUGCUGGAGCCACCCCAGCAUGGGGUCCUGCAGAGAGAGGAAGGACCUCAAGACAGGACCCUCAGCACCUUCUCCUGGAGAGAGGUGGAACAGCAGCUGAUUCUCUAUGUGCAUGACGGGAGCGAGACGCUGGCAGACAGUUUCGUCCUAGUGGCUAAUGCCUCAGAGAUGGACCGCCAGAGCCAGCCCGUGACCUUCACCAUCACCAUCCUGCCUGUCAACGACCAACCCCCCGUCCUCACCACAAACACAGGCCUGCAGAUGUGGGAGGGGGCCACUGUGCCCAUCCCUCCGGAGGCCCUUAGGGGCACAGACAGCGACUCAGGCCCCGAGGACCUGGUCUACACCCUUGAGGAGCCCAGCAAUGGACAGGUGGUGCUGCGGACAGCGCCGGGCGCCGAGGUCCACAGCUUCACCCAGGCCCAGCUCGACGGCGGGCUCGUGCUGUUCUCACACAGAGGAGCCCCGGACGGAGGCUUCCGCUUCAUCCUGUCUGAUGGUGAGCAUAAUUCCACUGGACACUUCUUCCGGGUGACAGCCCAGAAGCAGCUGCUCCUCUCACUGGAGGGCAGCCGGACGCUGACCAUCUGCCCAGGGUCCAUCCAGCCACUCAGCAGCCAGAUCCUGAGAGCCAGUUCCAGCACAGGCAUCGACCCCCACCACCUGUUCUACCGUGUGGUACAGGGGCCCCGGCUUGGCCGGCUAUUCCACACCCAGCAGGGCAGCACCGGGGAGGCCCUGGGGAACUUCACUCAGGCAGAGGUAUAUGCUGGGAAUGUUCUGUAUGAGCACGAGAUGCCCCCCGAGCCCUUCUGGGAGGCCCAUGACGCCCUGGAGCUCCGGCUGUCCUCACCGCCUGCCCCCGACGUGGCCGCCACCCUUGCUGUGACUGUGUCUUUUGAAGCUACCUGUCCCCAGCGCCCCAGCCGCCUCUGGAAGAACAAAGGUCUCUGGGUCUCGGAAGGCCAGCGGGCCGAAAUCACCACAGCCUCCCUCGAUGCCUCCAACUUCCUGGCCAGCAUUCCGGCCCCCCAGCGCUCGGAGCACGAUGUGCUCUUCCAGAUCACACGGUUCCCCCAGCGGGGCCAGCUGUUGGUGUCUGAGGAGCCCCUCCAUACUGGGCGGCCCCACUUCCUGCAGUCUGACCUGGCCGCAGGGCAGCUGGUGUACACCCAUGGCGGCGGGGGCACCCAGCAGGAUGACUUCCACUUUCGUGCCCACCUCCAGGGGCCCGCAGGGGCCUCCGUGAUGGGACCCCAAACCUCAGAGGCUUUCGCCAUCACAGUGCGGGAUGUGAAUGAGCGGCCGCCUCAGCCGCAGACCUCCAUCCCGCUCCGGCUCACCCGGGGCUCCCGCAGCCCCAUCUCCCGGGCCCAGCUGAGCGUGGUGGACCCAGACUCAGCUCCGGGGGAGAUCGAAUACAAGGUGCAGCGGGCCCCCCACAACGGCUUCCUGAGCCUGGCAGGGGCCAGCCCGGGGCCUGUGACCUGCUUCACCCAGGCCGACGUGGAUGCAGGGCGGCUGGCCUUUGUGGCCAAUGGGAGCAGCGUGGUGGGCACCUUCCAGCUGAGUGUGUCUGAUGGGGCCAGCCCGCCCCUGCCCAUGUCCCUGGCCGUGGACGUCUUGCCCUCGGCCAUUGAGGUGCAGCUGCGGGCACCCCUAGAGGUGCCCCAAGCUUUAGGGCGCUCCUCCCUGAGCCGGCAGCAGCUCCGGGUGGUUUCCGAUCGGGAGGAGGCAGACGCAGCCUACCGCCUCACCCAGGGGCCCCGGCAUGGGCAUCUCCUGGUGCGCGGGCAGCCUGCCACAGCCUUCAGCCAGUUCCAGGUAGACCAGGGCGAAGUGGUCUUUGCUUUCACCAGCUUCUCCUCCUCUCACGACCAAUUCAGCAUCCUGGCCCUGGCCAGGGGUGCCAACGCAUCCGCCACGGUGAAUGUCACCGUGAGGGCUCUGCUGCAUGUGUGGACAGGUGGGCCGUGGCCCCAGGGUGCCACCCUACGCCUGGACCCCACAGUCUUAGAUGCGGGCGAGUUGGCCAACCGCACGGGCAGUGUGCCGCGUUUCCGGCUCCUGGCGGGACCCCGGCACGGCCGCGUGGUCCGCGUGCCCCGGGCCAGGACAGAGCCCAGGGGCGGCCAGCUUGUGGAGCAGUUCACCCAGCAGGACCUUGAGGACGGGAGGCUGGGGCUGGAGGUGGGCAGGCCGGAGGGUAGCUCUCCUGGACCUGCAGGCGACAGUCUCACUCUGGAGCUGUGGGCCAGGGGUGUCCCUCCUGCCGUGGCCUCACUGGACUUUGCCACGGAGCCUUACAACGCAGCCCGGCCCUACAGAGUGGCCCUGCUCAGUUUGCCUGCUCGGACAGAAGCAGGGGAGCCAGGGAGCAGCACCCCCACUGGUGAGCCAGGCCUGGCGGCCUCCAGCCCCGCACCCACCGUGGCCAGGGGGCACUUCCUGGGCUUCCUCGAGGCCAACAUGUUCAGCAUCAUCGUCCCCGUCUGCCUGGUCCUCCUGCUUCUGGCACUCAUCGUGCCUCUGCUCUUCUACCUCCGCAAACGCAACAAGACGGGCAAGCACAGCGUCCAGGUGCUGACUGCCAAGCCCCGAAAUGGCCUGGCCGGCGACACAGAGACCUUCCGCAAGGUGGAGCCGGGCCAGGCCAUCCCCCUCACAGCGGUGCCUGGCCAGGGGGCUCCGCCGGGGGGGCAGCCUGACCCAGAGCUGCUGCAGUUCUGCCGGACAUCCAACCCUGCUCUCAAGAACGGCCAGUACUGGGUGUGAGGCCUGGCCUGGGCCCAGAUGCUGAUGGGGCCAGGGACAGGCUUGCUCAGGCCCCGGCCCCAUUGCUCCCAUGCCCUGGUGCUGUCUGAGUAUCCCCAGAGCCAGAGAGCCCUGGGGACACCAGGGGUGGAGGGUGCUGCGAGGAAGCCCCAGGGGUCCAGGACCAAGUGGAGUCAAGAGCUGUAACCUCCCCAGCUCACUCUGAGCCAGGAGAACUGCAAGGGGCCAAGGGCAGAGGCAGGCUUGGAGUCAGUCCCCUGCCCUGGAGCUAGUGUGGGCUGUCAAAACCAGAGCCACUUCCUAGAUGGUCAGGACUCUGGGUCCUGGGUCUGUGACCUUGGGUAAGUCACACCUGACCCAGGCUGCUAAGAAGGCAAGGAGAAGAAAGGGAAGGGAGGGACAGAUGGGGAUUCUUGGCUUUUCCACUCCAAGCCAGGCCUCCCCUCACCUCUGCCCCAGAGCUGAGAGGAAAACUUUUUCCCUUGGUUUUUUAGGGAGAUGGUAUUUCCUGGAGCAGAGGGCAGGAGGAGAGAGUCCUCCCACUCUCUAGAAGGCAUAAGCCAGUGGAAUAAUGUAUCCAGGGUGUAAGGUGGGUGGGUUGCUCUGGGAUGGGUUUAUUUAAGGGGCAUUGCAAGGAAGCUAUUUAGCAUGGUGCUGAGCUAGCCCAGACUGGUGGAGCCCCUGGGGUGAGAAACAGAGGAGGGUCUGAGGCCAGCUCAUUCCCAGGGCCCCACCUUGAUGGGCUGAUGGCUAGACAAGCAUGCGUCUGUGGCCCCAGAGUGGGCUGGGCUGGGGAGCGUGCAGGGUCUCAGGCCAUGGGCCCCUGCGGUGCCUGUGCUCCCCUGAGGACUGGGGCGGGUACUUGGGGGCACUCGGCUCCAUGGGGCCUGGAUAAACGGUGCUUCUGGAUAAGA